AUGGCAGCACUGCAGAAAUAUCUUGGCAAUAUGAUUCCCAUUCAACUGCAGAUCAAGGUGGUACACUGCAGAGUGUCCUUAGAGACCCUUUCUUUGGAGGAUAUUGAGAAAGCAGAGCUAGCAUUGGCAAGGCAGAACAAGAUGGCAAACCACUGUCUGGCCAUUCUGCAAGCUCUAUGUCAAAAGCAUGAUAUUACAACACUUUCAAAAUUGGGCUUGAAGGUGGGAAAGCUGAAGGCUGAUCAAUGGCAUUCAGUUGGUUCAAUACACUUGGUGAUCACUCUCAUUCACCUUUGGGGGAAUGAAGGUCCAUCUCAUGUGAUGCAAACAUACCCAUUUGAGCGCUUCAAUCUCCAUCUACAGAGUGUCCCUACAAAUGCAAAAUCUGGAAGUGGGCAGUCAGCGAGUUUACAACUGAAGAUGAAUAUUGGGGCAACUCGUUUUGAUGCUGGUGUUAAAGUGCUAGUGAUGGAUUGCACUGGAUCCACAACACUCGACCAAGACCGAGUGGCCAUCAAUGAUGAGGAGCAGUCGCUUUCUGCUGCACAAGUAUUAAACAUAUAUGCGUGGAAACAUGGAAGUCCCGAUGGCAAGAUUCUGCUCUCAGUCCAGUUGUAUAAACCUCUCAAUGCCACAUCGGCAGAGGAUGAUCCUUACUGCCCCUUUGGCUUUGUUAUUGCUGGCUGA